AUGCGAUUUCCUCAUGUGAUAAUCUUAUCAAUAAUUGUGUUUUGUUUGUUAUUUGUAUUCUUUAUUACACUUGGUAUUUUUAAACAAAACAACACCAACAAAAUAUUUCCAAAACCAGAAACAAUGAAAAUCACAUUUCCCAAAUUUAACAAUUCGUUCAUUGACGUCUCGAAAUUCAAUUACAAUGGCGACUGUGGGAAAGUGUUUUCACACCCUCCAAAUAGUGAAAAAGAUUAUGUUAUUGGAUCCUUUGAUUUUCGUAACAAAUGUGUUUCACGUACGAUGUGGGAUAGUCUUAACUUGGCCCGCUCUUCGAUGCCAAAUGCGCACAUUGUUCUACUAUUAUUUUCGUUACCAAAUCCAAAGUGUACUGAUGAUUUACCACGUCUUGCCAAGUUAAACAUUGAAAUACAAAAAGUCGCAAAACCGCCCAGAGAAAACGCCGUGAUUGCGCGAUACAAUUGUUACUACAAUUUUAUUGAAGCAAAUUACAACAAAAUUUCAAGAAUUAUAUUUAUCGACCCAAAAGAUGUCGCAUUUUUCAACGAUUUUUUCGCGACAUUUUCAGAGGACGACAUUGGGUGGUUGGUCGAGUGUUUUGGCUUCAAAAUACCGGAACAGUGUUACGGGCCAUUUUCAUAUCGAUCGCAUGCCGAAUGGUUAAGAUCGUAUUUUUCAAAGGAAGUUAGAGAUGAUUUUGUGAAGAGGAAACUUCCGUCAUUGAACGGAGGGUUUGGGUAUGGCGGUGUAGAAAAGAUGAGAAAAGUGCUUCAAAUUUAUACAUCAAAAAUGGAUAAGACGAAUAAACACUGGGGGUACGACCAAGCACUUUUAAAUGUGUUGUAUUAUAACGGUAGUUUCGAUGAGGUUGGCAUGAAGAGUAUCACAUGCGAGCAAAAGUUGUGUUAUAUUGGACGUUAUACAAUGGCAGUCAAAGACAAAGUCAUAUAUUAUAAUAACACACAAUGCUCACCUGUCGCAAUGCAUAAGUUUGAUGUUAAAUCAACUCAAUGGAGAUUGGUUUAA